AUGUACAACAACUGGAUGAAUUUCGUCCGUGUAUGCCGCUAUCUUAUCAAGCCAAGCAUCACAUUUGAUGAAGUAAACAGCGCCCACAACUAUCUGGAAAUGUUUUGCAAAAAGGCUACCAAACUCUACACUCCCACCAUCCUCACCUGCAACAUGCACCCCCACCUCCACCUUCACGAGACCAUUCGUGAUUUUGGACCCAUGUAUGGUUACUGGCUCUUUGGGUUUGAGAGAUACAAUGGCCUGUUGAAGCAUAUAAAGACAAAUGGAAAAGAUAGUUUUGAGGCAACAUAUAUGAGAAGUUUUGUUCAAAACACAUUCAAGGGUGACUAUGCCAAUUCUGUUCUGAAAAGUUCUAGCUACGUCCCCUUUUUCAACAUUCUCUCAAAGCUUUCUCCAAAAUUCACACCUACCACCACAGUCAUUACUCUCUCCUCCCAUCCAUUCCGAUUGCAAUCAUUUUUACUAGCAUUGUCCAACUCACAUCUUCCUCCAAAGGGUAAUGAACCUCUCCCUCCUUCGACUUUUCCUCUUCAGCUAAAAAAAAUCAUCACUGAUGGAUAA